ACCCGAACAAAGGAGAGAGACGUACUAAUUUCCGUCAUUUGUUAUCCAUAGAGUUUUCGGAGCAAUUGAACCAAUCAAAUGAAUUAUCCAAAUCUCUCUCUCCUCCUCCUUCACCGCACUUCCAUCUCACUGUAAAACCCUUCUUCAGUUCCCCAGCUCAAUCCCACAUAACCAUGGUAAUUACCUUCUCUUCAUCUCCGCCAAUACCCUCUUUCUGUUCCAUCAAAACCACAACUUCAUCAACUCUUCUCGGGUCAUACCCUAAAUCAAUCCAACCCAGAACCCGAUCAACCUUUCUCCAACCCAUAAAAAGAAGAUUAAACUUAAAGAAGAACAAUAGUAUUUGUUUAGAAAGAGAAUCAUCAAGGGAUUACCGGUGUUCUUUUGCUGGGUUUGAUUUAGAAGGUCCUCAAUCUGUAAUUGAAGCAGUUGCUGUACUUACAGCAAUCAUCGUAGUCCAUGAAAGUGGUCAUUUCCUUGCUGCUUCUCUUCAGGGAAUUCAUGUAAGUAAAUUUGCAAUUGGGUUUGGUCCAAUUUUAGCUAAAUUGAAUGCAAAUAAUGUAGAGUAUUCUCUUAGAGCUUUCCCACUUGGGGGUUUUGUGGGGUUUCCUGAUAAUGAUCCAGACAGUGAUAUUCCUGUUGAUGAUGUCAAUUUACUCAAGAACAGACCUGUGUUUGAUAGAAUCAUAGUUGUUUCUGCUGGUGUAAUUGCCAAUGUAAUAUUUGCUUUCAUCAUAAUUUUUGUACAAAUUGUUUCUGUUGGUUUGCCUGUACAAGAAGCCUUUCCUGGGGUGCUUGUUCCUGAUGUACGCCCUUUUUCGGCAGCAUCACGAGACGGAUUACUUCCUGGAGAUGUGAUUCUAUCUGUUAAUGGCCUUCAAUUAUCAAAAACAGGCCCAAAAACAGUAUUCGAAGUAGUUGAUGUUAUUAAAACCAGUCCCAAAAAGAAUGUACUGCUACAAAUUCACAGGGGAGAAGGUGAUCUUCAAGUUAAGGUAACCCCAGAUGAGAAUUCUGAUGGAACUGGUAAAAUUGGAGUUCAGUUAUCCCCAAAUGUCAGUAUCAGAAAAGUUAAACCAGAUAGUGUUAUCCAAGCUUUCAAUUACACUGGGAAAGAGUUCUGGGGUUUAACCUAUAAUGUGGUGGAUAGUUUAAAACAGACAUUCCAAAACUUUUCGCAAUCAGCUGAAAAAGUUUCAGGUCCUGUUGCAAUUAUCGCAGUUGGUGCAGAAGUAGCAAGAUCAAACAUUGAUGGACUUUACCAAUUCGCAGCAGUUUUGAAUAUAAAUCUAGCAGUGAUUAAUCUGUUACCAUUGCCAGCAUUAGAUGGGGGUACUUUGGCAUUGAUACUGAUAGAAGCAGCUAGAGGUGGGAAGAAGCUCCCUAUGGAAUUGGAGCAGACGAUUAUGUCUUCGGGUAUUACAUUAGUUUUGUUUCUUGGGUUGUAUCUUAUAAUUCGAGACACUCUAAACCUUGAUUUUAUCAAAGCCAUACUGUGAUUGAAACUUACUGGUAGUUGAGCCUGUGAUUAUAUGGAAAAGGAUGGCGAUUUUUCCAUGAAUUUGUUGAUCAAAGUGUCUGAAGAUUGGGUAUGAGUACAUAGAAUGAGUGUAUAGUAAGCCAAUGAAGAGUUAAGGCCAUUGAGUAUCCCCUGUUCUAUUGUUACAAUUGAAAUCAAUGUUUUAACAAGUACUGAAUUUAUGUUGUACUUGUAUUUAUUUGUCAUACCAAUUGUAUCGAGCAAAUUAGAAUACUUUGAAAGUUGAUAUAUAUGGCUUGCACAGGAUAGGCCAUUGGAGA